ACUUUUCUCACUAGGGGAGGGACUCUGCAAGAAUCCAGAAAAUAAAUACACUCUUCCUGUCAGCUUGCCAGUUACCGGCAGCAAGAGGCGGAGUCUCUGAGCACAUAAGAGCUUGGGCCGCUCAGUGCUCCUCGGCAAAGCAAGCUCUAACAAACCGAGGCAAGGGAACUACCCGAAAGACUAUUAAAACAAGCCGAAGACAUUUUACACAACUGACACAAGUAAACUGCCAUAGGCCUGUAUCCGACGUUACGAUAUUUGGAUAUCACACAAAGGAGCGACUUUGAACAAACGAGCAACUUUGGACAGGUGUCUUAUUCACAGACCUCCUGUCCUCCUUGCCCUCUGUGACCUCUUGGAGACCUUUAUUUGACCUACCUUCAUCUGUCUACGUGGUGCCCUGUGUGCCCCCCACAGGCUGUUACAGAGUGGGACGCAGCGCCAUGGUAACUCACAGCAAGUUUGUCUCCGUCAUGAGCAGCCGCCCCUUGGACUCGACAAGCAUGAGGCUGCACCAGCGCUACAAGACUUUUAGCUCCAAGGCUCAGUACCAGAUGGUCCUCUCCACUUUGCACAAACUCCAGGAGAGUGGCUUCUACUGGGGAGCAAUAAGUGGCAAGGAAGCCAAUGCCAUGCUGUCUUCUGAGUCCACGGGUACUUUCUUGGUUCGGGACAGUUCUGAUAACCGGCACCUCUUCACUUUGAGUGUCAAAACUGCAUCUGGCACCAAGAACCUGCGCAUACAGAGUGAUGCUACAUCUUUCUUCCUACAAACGGACCCUAAAAAUGUCCAGUCAGUACCUCAUUUUGACUGUAUCCUCAAACUUGUUCACUACUAUAUGUCACAAAGCAAGCGUGGUGGGACCAUGUACUACAUUUACUCUGGAGGUGAGAAGAUCCCCUUAGAGCUGGUGAAACCACUGUCAUGUAGCUUGUCCACAUUGCAGCAUCUGUGUAGAAAAACUGUCAACGGGCAUCUGGACAUUUCUUCCAAAAGAGACCAGCUGCCUCACCCACUCAAAGAUUUCCUGCAAGAAUAUGAUGCACCUAUCUAGAUUAAUGGGACUCAUUGAAAGAACUUAACUGGGAAUUAAAAAAAUAAAAGGCUGGUUCCAAGGAAUGGAAAAUACAGCCUUAAGAGAUUGGGCUUUCCAAAGAAAUGUUCCUCCAUGUUUGGGAAGUGGAUCGAAAGAGCAACUCCCCACAGAGGCGCUAUGUGGAGUGAGAGAGAAACCCAGCAAUGACGUAUAAGUUACAGUCAGCUGUCGCAGUGACACAGAGCUUCCCUCUUCUGCUGCUAGCAAUUUAGACUGUACCAGUGAAGCCACCCACACAAGAAGACAAUCUAAUGAUAGACUGAAUCACAUUUGGUUGAUGUGUGUGACCGUAAAUAUGACUCCUGUUACCUAGUGUCUUGUGGGAAUGGACACUAGUCCUUUUGUGCCAAAUUAACAUGAAAAGGGCUGAUUUUUGUUGUUAAGUGUUGAAAUGUACUUAUAAAUGUAGAGGUGUAUGCCAAAUAUCCCUGAACACUUUGGGGUUAUAACAUAUUUGGAUCUUAUUUGUUUAUGAUCCACCCAAAACCAGAGGAAAUACACCACAAUAGCACAGACAAGAUUCCUCAUUGGGAAUAAUUGAAUGUAUUAGUCAGUGUUUCUCCUUGUGUGGAGAUGAAAUAACACAUGUUAGUUUUAUUUUAUUUUUUUCUACAAGCAAUGUUUACAUGAAGGGAGGCUUAAUUCUGAUGAAUCUGACUGUCUUUUAUAAAGAUACACUUAUCCAGCUAGUGGCUGUGAAUGCUUGAAGAUAUUUUAAAAGUUUGACAAAGCAGUGAGACUGAUACAACUUUGCACUUAUUUAUAUUUUACAUUUCCAUAAUUUAUAAUAAAACUACUAUUUUUUAUACUAAA